AUGAGCGUCAUUGAUAUCACCAAGGAUCUGGCGGCUUUGUUCGAGCAACAGGCACAAGCUACGCCAGAUGCCGUCGCCUUGGAGGACGAGAAACGGACUCUCACCUACGCAGAACUCGACAGCCUAACCUGGUCUUUGGCUGAUCGUCUUCGGCAGUAUGGCGUCGGCCGUGAUGAUCUGGUGGGAGUGCUGAUGGGACGCAGUGCAGACAAUGUCAUUGCUUCUCUUGCUGCGCUGCGAGCGGGAGGCGCUUUUCUCGUGCUGGAGCUGGCCUAUCCCACAGGCCUCCUUCAGGAUGUCAUUGACGAUGCGAAGCCGACGGUCAUUAUCACGCAAAAGGCUCAUGCGGCCAACAUCAAGGCUGAUAUCCCUACCAUCAUCAUCGACCAGCCUGAGCCAUCCACCGACGGACAUGCUGCCCCUAUUGUUGUUGAGACGAGAGAGCCUCUCCCUGCGAGUGACGACUUGGAUCGCCUGGCAUUCGUGUCCUACUCAUCAGGCACCACCGGCAAGCCAAAGGGCAUUGCAAACCCUCACAGAGCGCCUGUUCUCAGCUACGAUUUGAGAUUCCGUACGAGCGACCUUGGGCCCGGUGAUCGCGUCGCCUGCAACGUCUUUUUCGUCUGGGAAAUGCUGCGUCCCUUGAUCCGGGGGGCCACCACAGUUGCUGUUCCCGACGGCGCAAGUUAUGAUCCCAUUGGGCUUGUUGAGUUUCUCGCUUCCAGGCGCAUUACUGAUACUCUCAUGACCCCCACUCUGCUGACCACCGUGCUCUCACGGCAUCCAAACCUUGGUGAGAAACUCCCGGAGCUGAGGUCAUUGUGGCUGAAUGGCGAGGUCGUCACAACAGAUCUUGUACGACGGGCUUGUAGUGCCCUCCCCAACACCCGCCUCCUCAACGUCUACAGCGCCAGUGAAACCCACGAAAUUGCCGUGGGUGACAUCAAAACUUUCGUGGAUUACGAGGCCCGCGUCUGUCCGGUAGGACCGCCUGUAGAUCCUGAGCACAUUUAUAUCCUGGACGAAGCAGGAAACAGGCUGGAUGCUGGUGUAAGCGGCGAGCUUUUCGUCGGCGGCGACCUACUAGCGAGAGAGUACCUCAAUCUCCCGGAAACAACGGCCAUGGCUUUCCAAGUUGAUCCUUUUGAGAAGAAAGAGGGCGCUCGAAUGUAUCGAACUGGAGACAUGGCAAGGAUGCUCCCUUCAGGCCUUCUUGAAAUCACAGGCCGAGUCGGCGGCAUGAUCAAGACUCGUGGAUACACCGUGCAGCCGGGUGCAGUUGAGACAACUAUUGUGAAGCACUUAGCAGUGCGGGAUUGCGCCGUAGUGGCUCACGGAGAGGGCUUGCAGAAGCAAUUGGUGGCUUACAUUGUCCCCGACAGCGACAAUCUCCAGGGCCGUACCAUUGUGGUUAUCGAUGAGGCUGGCCAUAGUCCAGUUGCUCGACGAGCUCUGUCUGCCCAUCUAGCACAUUACAUGAUCCCGCCCCUUUGGGUUGAACUCAAGGAGCUGCCUACGCACGAAGUUUCUGGCAAAACCAACCUCAAAGCUCUCCCGCCUCCUCCAAGACCAAAGACGCCUGUGCAAACAGCCAAGCUGGAGAAGAACGUGACUAUCAAGAUGGAUACCAUUAUCAAAAUGUGGUCUGCGGCUCUGAAUGUCCCAAUCGCAAUCAUCACGCCAAAGCACGACUUCUUUGACCUGGGAGGACACUCUCUGAUUCUCGCUGAUCUUGCUAGUCGAUUGACCAAGGCAUUCGGCUUUCCUGUUCCUCUGGCUCCAUUGGCUGGUAAUCCGACGCUGGAUGGACAUUUGGAAGCUGUCAAGGCCGCUCGCGAUGGCCACACCGAGGAGGUGCAGGCAGAUCUCCCAGCCGUCCUGCGAGCUGAUGCUGUACUGCCCGAGGACAUUAGCGCUACAGGCGUGCAGAUGAAACGCCUCAGCGAUGCGGAAACGGUCUUGCUUACGGGAGCCACUGGUUACUUGGGAGCUUUCCUCCUGAAAUACCUCCUCGAAAACACCUCAGCACACAUUCUGUGCAUGGUUCGAUUCACUGACCCUUCAGGAGAUUGCCGCCCUGCCGGAAUGGCCCGAAUCCGCAAGAACUUGAUCGACUUGGGCAUCUGGAGCGACUCGAUGCUGGAACGUAUGGAGAUUGUACCAGGCAACCUGGCCAGGAGCCGAUUGGGUCUAUCUCCAGAGGCUUUCGAAGAGCUCGCAUCUCGUGUUGAAGUCAUAGUCCACUCAGCCGCCACUGUCAACCUCGUCUAUCCAUAUGCCGCCCUGAGAAGCGCAAACGUGAACGGAACAAGGGAGAUUAUUCGUCUUGCCUCGCGUGGCGGAGCAACACUGCACCACGUCUCUACUAACGGCGUGCUGCCACCUUCACUUGAGGGUUGGUCCGAGGACACCAUGAUUGAUUUUGACGAUGUCCCCAACAAGCUACAAGAUGGCUACGGACAGACAAAAUGGGUUGCAGAGAAGCUGGUGGUUGAGGCAAGCAAGAGAGGCAUCCCAGUGAAGAUCUACCGACCAGGCACCAUCAGCGGCCACAGCGUCACUGGUGCUGCUAACACAUACGAUCUUCUCAAUGCCCUGGUUGUUGAAUCGCUCCAUCUCGGCCAGGCUCCCGAUGUUGCCGACUGGGUCAUGGAAAUGACGCCCGUUGAUUUCGUAAGCAGAGCCAUCAUCACACUGGCUGAUCACACGCAAGGCCAGCAGUUGGUGUACCACCUGGGAGACCCCAGCCCGAUCAAAGCAUCAUCUUUGUUUGAUUCUCUAGCCGAGCUGGGCUACGAAACGGGACGCUUGGAGUGGGACGAAUGGGUAGAGUUAUGGAGGGAGAAGCGAGAGUCCCGCGGAGGAGACGAGCCUUUUACCGUGGAUAUCUUGCGUGGAGGAAUGCCUACUGUCGACUCACUAAAGGGCUCCAUUGUUCUCAAGGACGGUGCCACCCAGCCAACUCUAGACUUAUAUGGCUUGAAGCGCGUCAACAUCGACAAUGCCCUGCUUGAAACAUAUAUGCGGCACUUUUACGCUCGAGGAUGGCUCCCCAAGCCACCUCGUCGACUUACAGCCAACGGAACAGCUGCGGCUAUUGGUGCAAAGAAGGGACGUCUGGCCGGUAAAGUAGCUAUCAUCACAGGUGCUUCGUCCGGCAUCGGCGCUGCAGUCGCUGCAGGCCUCGCCAAGGAGGGCGCGUCUGUGGCUCUCGCAGCACGCCGAACCGACGCCCUCGAGGGCAUCAAAGCCAAGAUCAACAGCAGCAUCAGCGGAAGCAAGGUCCUCAUCCACAAGACCGACGUUUCAAACAAGAACCAGGUCGAUGCCCUCGUCAAAGAAACCACGGAGAAGCUCGGCCCCGUCGACAUCAUCGUCUGCUGCGCCGGCGUCAUGUACUACACCAUGAUGGCCAACGUCCAGACGGAUGAGUGGGAGCGCACCGUCGACGUCAACUGCAAGGGCGUCCUCAACUGCAUUGCCGCCACCGUCCCCGACAUGCUGGCCCGCAAGACCGGCCACUUCGUCGCCAUCUCCUCCGACGCAGGCCGCAAAGUGUUCCCCGGCCUGGGCGUCUACUCGGCCAGCAAGUUCUUCGUCGAGGCGACGCUACAAGCCCUGCGCGUGGAGAAUGCGGGCUCGGGCCUUCGCGUGACUGCUAUCCAGCCGGGCAACACGGCGACGGAUCUGCUUGGCAUGUCUACUGAUGCCGAGGCCGUGAAGAAGUAUGGCGAGCCGUCGGGGGCGAAGAUUCUAGAUCCGGAGGAUGUGGCAAGGUCGAUUGUGUAUGCGGUGUGCCAGCCGGAGCAUGUUGCGGUGAAUGAGAUUUUGAUUGAGCCGAGGGAUGAGCCCAUUUAG